AUGAAAGUGAAGAAAGUGAAAAGAAACUCGGAUAAAGUUCUUAUCAGGAAACACGCAAGUCAUGAUAACAUCACUGACACUGCCGAACUGUCAACUGCUUCCAGCAGUGAAUCUGAAGUUAUUCGCCCAAAAAAAUUGACUCUGAACACUUUGAUUACAAAGAUUUUCCGGAACACGGGAAACCAUGACUUCCAUAACUUGCAGCUACCUUCACAAAUUGAACAGUCUGGUUUGAAGAAGUCUCAUAAGAGAGAAACUUCUGGAAAGCUAAAAGAAUCAGUUUUCCUCUCUCUGGAUACUGUCAUUCCAGUGACUCAAAAAGUCAGCAAUUCUAAGAUUACAAAUAGCACAGUUGCUGAAAAUUAUUUGGAUUAUGAAUGCAUUCAAUCUGUGAAAGAUGAUUAUUUGACCGCUAACAAAGAAGAAUCAAAAACCUCUUCUAGAGAUGCUGUUUCCUGGAUGGAUACUUUUAUUGGGAACAAUAUUGAAAAGGCAAAUCAAGAUGUCAAUACGCUUGGUCCUGGUUAUGAAACCCAUGUCAGACCAUCAGAUUUGAAAAAAGUUCAGAGAACUCAAAAAAACAACAUUCUCGUUGUUGACACUUAUCCACCAGUUGAAGUUUUCAACCAGGGAUAUGCAUCUCCAACUAUUGGAAAAUUCGAGACAGAUUUCCCAGAUGAUUUAUAUUCCAUUGUUGUCAAUCCUGGUUAUGUCUCGUGUCUCCAGAGCAAUUCAAAAAAGGCGCAACCGCUGAGUCUCUGGGAAACAAUCAAUGGUCGCGACUGCGAAAGUUGGUAUUCUAAGCUGAGAGAUGGAAAAGUAUCAGUAGUCAAUAAGUUUCCAAAGCAACCAAGAAACCCGGACUACUACAACCUUCACGAUUACUAUUUCCUUUUCCCUCUUGAAAAGGAUCCUCCUAUGCCACUUUAUUGGAGAAAGGAGCGAUUGCCGACUCCAGAAGAAGCGAAAAAAGCAAACAAACGUAAACUGUUCAAGGAAGAAAUGGCUAAAAACGCAGACUAUCUCUUAUUGCCAAAAACGUCCCGUUUCCACAACAGAUUUCAUUAUCAAAACGUCAUUGACUAUGAAUUCUUAGCUCCGUAUGAACACCCUCCAAUGCCUACUGGCUGGAAAAGAACACAGUUUAUGAUGUCACUCAAUUUGGGCAAUCGAACUGUUCCAUAUCCUCGUAAGUAUCUUUACGACACGUUUGACGAAUUUUCCAAACAUCAAAUGCACGAAUUUGUUCGAAUUUUUUAUAACAUAGGCAAAUCUUCAAAAAAGAAGUUGGAUCUUAUUCAUAUUAGACUAUUUCUCGACAAAAUGGGAAAGCCUUUGGAUGGAUCUUCACUCAAGUAUAUUCUUGACUUGGCGGAUGUAAAUAAGAAUGGCGAACUUUCCCUUGAAGAAUUUGUUAGUCUCUUCCGGAUUGCUUGCAAAUAUCAAUCGAUUGAUUGUCUAUCAACAUUCCGAGAUAUUGUACAUAGUGUUCAUGGUGAUCCAGAUGAUAAUGAUGACAACUCAGAAGGUCGUAUUGUUUGUACCAAAUGCGAAAAUCUCUCCAAACGAACCAUUUAA